AUCUGAUGGAUUCGAAUUUAUACGUCAAUUUGACUUGAAACCUAUUGGGAAGUUGUAAAAUUCUAGAAUUCUCCAGAGUAAAUUUUCUAGAGUUCAAAUCUUAACACCAAGUGUUAAUUUGAUCGAAUAACUGAGAUAUUAUUUUAUCUGUGAUUUCUUGAUUAAUUUUUACAAUAAAAAUGGCUAAAUGGGGCGAAGGAGAUCCCAGAUGGAUUGUUGAAGAGAGACCUGAUGCCACUAACGUUAACAAUUGGCAUUGGACGGAAAAAAACGCUGGGCCUUGGUCUCAGGAUCGUAUCAAAGAGUUAUUUAAAGAAAUAAAGGUUGAUAGUAGUGAAGCUGAUUUAUUUAUCAAAGGAGUAGAUAGGUUAGAUGGUGAAGCAUCUGCUAAUAACCGAAAGGGGAAACUCAUAUUUUUUUAUGAAUGGAAUUUAGUUCUUAAUUGGUCCGGAAAACUUACGAAUGGAUCCGAUAGACAAUUUAAAGGAAAAAUUAAAAUACCCAAUUUAUCGGAAGAAAAUGAUGUGUCUGAUUUAGAUAUACAAAUUAGUGUAACUGAUGAGGAUGAAGAAGGGUUUAAAUUGAAGGAGAUUAUGAUUAAAUAUGGCAAACAAAUAAUUCGAAAUCAGCUUUCAAAAUACAUCUCUGGUUUGAAGGAAGAAUUUUCCAAAGGUAUGAUUCUUCCCAAAAAGGGAUCGGAAAAAGUAGAAACAGUAACGACAUUAACGAGCGGAUUUAAUAAAAAAAUUAAUAUGGAACCAAUGACGAAUGACGUCAACAAACAAAUAGGAUUGAAAAUUGACACUACGUCGUUUAAACAAACUCAGAAGUUUCAAUGUACUGCUCAGGAAUUUUAUGACGCCAUGACUAGAAUAGAAAUGGUGACAGCUUUUACGAGGGGUAGCGUAAAAUUAGAACCGGUCAAAGGUGGAAAAUUCGAAUUAUUUGGCGGAAAUAUCGUCGGAAAAUUCGAAGAAUUGAUACCGUGUAAGAAAAUAGUACAAUCUUGGAGGUAUAAACAAUGGGCCAGCGGACAUUUUUCCACUGUUACCAUUACGAUAGACCAAAAGAGUGACCAUACAGAAAUAACAUUGGAACAAGUAGGCGUUCCAACAGGUGAAUUGAGCGUCACCAAGGAUAAUUGGCAGAGGUACUAUUGGGACGGUAUGAAACAGGCGUUCGGUUUCGGUGCGUUUUUUACGUAAAUUAGUGCACAAUAAAAAAAAUGGUUUAGUGUGUUGAGUUAUAUACUAAGUGGCGAAGUGAAAAAUGAACGGAACGUGUUUUGAUGUGAAAUUUAACUGAUUUUUGUGGAAGUUUUUUGAAUAAUAUGUUACGGGGGACUUGUUGGAAAAAUUCUAGUUUGUUCUGUUUGUUUUUCUCAAACACUGUGUAGUCUAUGAAUAAUGUAUGUCUCGAAAGUUUUGGUUUGAUUUUCGGUGUCAAUAUAUUUUGCGAAAAAUUUAUAUUUGGACGAAUUUUUUGAUUUUUCAUUCAGAUUUUACGGUAGUUUUUUCAAGGUGACCAAAUAUGGUGGAAAUUUUCCACUUUAGAUCGAUUAUAGUAGUUUUUCUUUAUAGUUUUUAAUGUUUUGUGGACAAAUUUGAGAAAAACUUUAUUAGAAGUUCAAUUUUAAUGGUGACAACAUAUUAUGAAGAAUUUUAUGGUGAUUCUUGUAGUUUUUCUUUAUAAUUUUCAUAGUUUUGUGGAAUAAAUUGGAAUAAAAGUUUCAAUUUUCAAAAUUAUUUGGGGAAAACUUGAUUCGACUUGCAUUUUUCAAGGUGACAAAAUAUUUAUGAGAAUUUUUCACUUAAUGGCCAUUUUUUUAGUUUUCUUCAUAAUUUUUAAUGGAGAAAUUUAGAAAAGACCACAUUUGAGACUUAAUUUCGUAUGGUAACAAAAUAUUGUGGAAAUUUUUCACAUUAGGGCGAUUCUUGUAUUUUUUUUUAGUUUUCACAUAUGAUUUUCCAUAUUUUAUGAGAAAAUUUGGGAAACGCUGGGUAAAAAGUUCUAAAUGAUGCGGUAAUUUCCCACUUUAGGGCGAUUCUUGUAGUUUUUCUUCAGUUUUCACGUAUAAUUUUCCAUAUUUUAUGAGAAAAUAUGCGGAAAACUGGAUUCAAGUUUCAAUUUUCUAUGACAACAAAAAAUUUUGCGCUUUAGGUCGACUCUUGUAGAUUAUCUCCAUAAAUUUGGGAAAAACUUUAUUCAACUUAAAAUUUUCUAUGGUGAUAAAAUAUUUUUUGUAAAUUUUCCACUUAAUGGUCAUUUUUGUAGUUUUUCUUCAUAAUUUUCAAUUUUUGAUAGAGAAAUUUUGAAUUUAUCAAACUUUUUAUUUUAAAUUUGAUAUAAUUUGGGCAUUAACUUUCUGACAAUAUGAUUAUAUGUAUUUUUCUAUCUCGUUUUAUGUCUUCUAAAUUAAUCUGAGCAUUUGAAAAAUUGUCACUGCACUAUAAUCACCUUAACUUUUGUAGACAUACAUUUUGUAAUCAGAUCAAUUUUUAAUUUUUCGAAUUUUCGUUCUUUUUGUACCACUGCGGAAAUAAUUUAUUCAAAUGCCUAUUUAGCUACUACUCCUUAUAACUACGAUGUUUUUUAUCGCUGAUUUUUGUGUUUAUUUUUAUCUAAAUAAAAUAUAAGUUGAAA